CUGAGCCGUGUGAUCAGCGGGGACACAGAAAAGGAGGAAUAAGCCCCCGCUGCCUGUCAGCGCCUCUGGCCACGUUGGAAGAUGUCAUCUCAAACUAAGUUCAAGAAAGACAAAGAGAUCAUUGCGGAAUAUGAGGCCCAGAUAAAAGAGAUCCGCGCGCAGCUGGCGGAGCAGCUGAGAUGCCUGGAGCAGCAGGCGGAGUCGCGGCUGCAACUGCUGCAGGACCUGCAGGAAUUCUUCCGGCGCAAGGCCGAGCUGGAGCUCGAGUACUCGCGGGGCCUGGACAAGCUGGCCGAGCGCUUCUCCUCCCGGAUCCGCGGCUCCCGGGAGCACCAGCUCAAGAAGGACCAGAACCUUCUCUCGCCUGUGAGCUGCUGGUACCUCGUCCUGCACCAGACGCGGCGGGAGAGCCGGGACCACGCCACCCUCAACGACAUCUUCACCAACAACGUCACCGUGCGCCUGGCCCAGAUCAGUGAGGACGUCGUCCGGCUCUUCAAGAAGAGCAAGGAGAUCGGGCUGCAGAUGCACGAGGAGCUGCUGAAGGUCACCAACGAGCUGUACACGGUCAUGAAAACCUACCAUAUGUACCACACCGAGAGCAUCAGCGCUGAGAGCAAGCUGAAGGAGGCCGAGAAGCAGGAGGAGAAGCAGUUCCGCGCGGGCGACCUGGGCAUGAGCCUUCUGAGGCACGAGGAGCGGCCUCAGCGACGCAGCUCCGUGAGGAAGAUCGAGAAGAUGAAGGAGAAGAGACAGGCCAAGUACUCGGAGAACAAGCUCAAGUGCACCAAGGCCCGCAACGACUACCUGCUCAACCUGGCGGCCACCAACGCGGCCGUCAGCAAGUACUACAUCCGCGACGUGUCAGACCUCAUCGACUGCUGUGACCUGGGCUUCCACGCCAGCCUGGCCCGCACCUUUCGGACCUACCUCUCGGCCGAGUACAACCUGGAGACUUCCCGCCACGAGGGCCUGGACGUCAUCGAGAACGCGGUGGACAGCCUGGACGCGCGCAGUGACAAGCACGCGGUCAUGGACAUGUGCAACCAGCUCUUCUGCCCGCCGCUCAAGUUCGAGUUCCAGCCACACAUGGGGGACGAGGUGUGCCAGGUCAGUGCCCAGCAGCCCGUGCAGACUGAGCUCCUCAUGCGGUACCACCAGCUGCAGUCCCGGCUGGCCACACUCAAGAUCGAGAACGAGGAGGUGCGGAAGACCCUGGACGCCACCCUGCAGACGCUGCGGGACAUGCUGACCGUGGAGGACUUUGACGUGUCCGACGCCUUCCAGCACAGCCGCUCCACCGAGUCCGUCCGCUCGGCCGCCUCCGAGACCUACAUGAACAAGAUCAGCAUCGCCAAGCGCAGGGCCAACCAGCAGGAGACCGAGACCUUCUACUUCACGAAGUUCAAAGAAUAUGUGAACGGGAGCAACCUUAUCACCAAGCUGCAGGCCAAGCAUGACCUGCUCAGGCAGACGCUGGGGGAAGGGGAGAGAGCGGAAUGCGGCACCACCAGGCCCCCCUGCCUUCCCCCUAAGCCACAGAAAAUGAGGAGACCUAGGCCUCUCUCAGUGUGUAGCCAUAAGCUGUUUAACGGCUGUAUGGAGGCGUUCAUUAAGGACUCGGGACAGGCCAUCCCGCUGGUGGUGGAGAGCUGCAUCCGGUACAUCAAUCUGUACGGCCUGCAGCAGCAAGGCAUCUUCCGCGUGCCCGGCUCCCAGGUGGAGGUCAACGACAUCAAGAACUCCUUUGAGAGAGGCGAGGACCCGCUGCUGGACGACCAGAACGAGCGCGAUAUCAAUUCCGUCGCGGGGGUUUUAAAACUCUACUUCCGGGGACUGGAGAACCCGCUGUUUCCUCAGGAAAGGUUCCAAGACUUAAUAUCUACCAUCAAGCUGGAGAACCCUGCUGAGCGGGUGCACCAGAUCCAGCAAACGCUCAUCACGCUCCCCCGCGCCGUCCUCGUGGUCAUGCGCUACCUCUUCGCCUUCCUGAACCACCUCUCACAGUACAGCGACGAGAACAUGAUGGACCCCUACAACCUGGCCAUCUGCUUCGGGCCCACCCUCGUGCACAUCCCCGACGGCCAGGACCCCGUGUCCUGCCAGGCGCACGUCAACGAGGUCAUCAAGACCAUCAUCACGCACCACGAGGCCAUCUUCCCCAGCCCGCGGGAGCUCGAGGGCCCCGUCUACGAGAAGUGCAUGGCGGGCGGGGAGGAGUACUGCGACAGCCCCCACAGUGAGCCUGGCACCAUCGACGAGGCCGACCAGGACAACGGCACGGAGCCCCACACCAGUGACGAAGAGGUGGAGCAGAUCGAGGCCAUCGCCAAGUUCGACUACGUGGGCCGCUCGCCCCGGGAGCUGUCCUUCAAGAAGGGGGCGUCGCUGCUGCUCUACCACCGCGCCUCCGAGGACUGGUGGGAGGGGCGGCACAACGGCGUGGACGGGCUCAUCCCCCACCAGUACAUCGUGGUCCAGGACAUGGACGACGCCUUCUCCGACAGCCUGAGCCAGAAGGCGGACAGCGAGGCCAGCAGCGGGCCCCUGCUGGAUGACAAGGCCUCGUCCAAGAACGACCUGCAGUCGCCCACCGAGCACGUCGCUGACUACGGCUUCGGGGGCGUGAUGGGCCGAGUGCGGCUCAGAUCGGACGGAGCGGCCAUCCCCAGGCGGCGGAGCGGGGGCGACACGCACAGCCCACCCCGGGGCUUGGGGCCCGGCAUAGACACACCCCCCCGGGCCGCGGCCUGCCCCAGCAGCCCCCACAAGAUCCCCCUGAGCCGGGGGCGCCUGGAGAGCCCCGAGAAGCGGAGGAUGGCGACGUUCGGGAGCACCGGCAGCAUCAGCCACCCCGACCGGAAGGCGCUGUCCGAGGGCCCCCCCAUGCGGCCCCCCUGCGGCUCCACCAGGCACAGCAGCCUCGGGGACCACAAGUCCCUGGAGGCCGAGGCCCUGGCAGAAGACAUCGAGAAGACCAUGAGCACGGCGCUGCACGAGCUGCGGGAGCUGGAGCGGCAGAACACCGCCAAGCAGGCGCCCGACGUGGUGCUCGACACGCUGGAGCCGCUGAAGCACCCGCCGGGGCCGGUGGGCUCGGAGCCGGGGAGCCCGCUGCACACCAUCGUCAUCCGGGACCCCGACGCGGCCCUGCGGCGCAGCGGCAGCGCGUCCACCGAGAUGAUGACCACGUUCAAGCCCGCGCUCUCGGCGCGGCUGGCGGGCGCGCAGCUGCGGCCGCCCCCGGUGCGCCCCGCGCGGCCCGCGGUGCAGCAUCGCUCCAGCAGCUCCAGCAGCUCGGGCGUGGGCAGCCCGGCCGUGACGCCCACCGAGAAGCUCUUCCCCCACAGCGCGGCGGACAAGUCGGGCACCAUGUGACGCGCGGCCGGGCGGGGCGGCGGCAGGCCCUCCCCGCGGGGUCCGCGCCC